UUGGCUUUCAUAUGGCGCUGUGUUUUCCAGUGGUAUCUAGUAACUUUUAUUUUGUUUCAUAAAGUUGUUGACAAUUUAUUUGUUUUGACAGUUUUAAUACCAGUUGUUCUAUUUCUUUUUUUCCCCUUUGCAGCUGUAAUCGGUGGAUUUGUGGUUGGAAUUUUAGCAGCAAUUCUGUUGGUGAUGUUUAUUGUAUAUCGGAUGCGGAAGAAGGAUGAAGGAAGUUAUGCAUUAGAUGAACAAAAACAGCCUCCAAUCUAUCCGUAUGCUUAUCAAAAAGCACCAACAAAGGAGUUCUAUGCAUGA